UAGCAUCCUCCUGAUGAGGAUAGAUACUAGGCAUUUAGUAAGUAGAGAAGAUCCUCACGAAAAGGAAAACAACAUCGAGCCAAAUCCAGCUGUACGAAAUGAUGUAAGAGGACUUUAACAAAAUAGUAUAUUUAUUCUAUCGAGAGUGAUGACUAACCGCCACUUCAACCCUGGCUUAUCGACCAGCUACUCUCAUUCAAGCCGUCGAAAACAUGAAUAGAGAAUCUGAGAGAUUGCAGCUGAGAUCAAGCCAGACUGCUCGCACAUCUUUGGGACUCUACUUGUCCGAUGAGACUGUGGACUCAAAGAAUGCUCCGCCGGUUGCGGAAAUGCAGUGAAGUCUGAAACAUAUGCACUUCGAGUCUGAAAGCGCCGCCGGAGGACUUGGCGCGUUGCCAAGAUUCGGGGCACUUUUCGAUGCCACACAAGAGCUUUUGGCCGAUCGCAUCGUUACCUCGACUGCGGCCUUCAAUUCUACAAGAAAAAAGGUCAUCCCAGCAUUCCCAGCUUCGCUCCGACCGGAUCCUCAAGUCACCAUGGCUGAACAACUUAUUCAACGUGGUACCCUUGAAGGCCACAGCGGCUGGGUUACCAGUCUCGCAACCAGCUUGGAGAACCCUAACAUGCUGUUGUCCGGCUCGAGAGAUAAGACCCUCAUCGUCUGGAACCUGACCCGCGACGAGACUGCCUACGGAUACCCCAAGCGAUCCCUUCACGGUCACUCGCACAUUGUCUCGGACUGUGUCAUUUCCUCCGACGGCGCAUAUGCCCUUUCCUCCUCGUGGGACAAGACCCUGCGCCUGUGGGAGUUGUCUACCGGCAACACCACCCGAACUUUCGUCGGCCACACCAACGAUGUCCUCUCCGUUUCUUUCUCCGCCGACAACAGACAGAUCGUCUCCGGAUCGCGAGACCGAACCAUCAAGCUGUGGAACACCCUGGGAGAUUGCAAGUACACAAUCACCGACAAGGGUCACACCGACUGGGUCUCGUGCGUUCGUUUCUCGCCAAACCCGCAAAACCCGGUCAUUGUGAGCGCUGGCUGGGACAAAUUGGUCAAGGUCUGGGAAUUGGCUUCCUGCCGUCUGCAAACUGACCACAUUGGUCACACCGGCUACAUCAACACCGUCACCAUCUCCCCCGAUGGCUCGCUGUGUGCAUCCGGCGGCAAGGACGGCACCACCAUGCUCUGGGAUCUCAACGAGUCCAAGCAUCUCUACUCCCUCCAGGCCGGUGACGAAAUCCACGCCCUUGUCUUCUCGCCCAACAGAUACUGGCUGUGCGCCGCUACCACCUCCUCCAUCACCAUCUUCGACUUGGAAAAGAAGAGCAAAGUUGACGAGCUCAAGCCUGAGUACAUUGAGAAGGGCAAGAAGUCUCAAGAACCAUACUGUGUCAGCUUGGCCUGGAGUGCUGAUGGCCAGACUCUGUUCUCUGGCUACACCGACAACAAGAUCCGUGCCUGGGGAGUUAUGUCACGAGCAUAGAGUGGGAAAGCAGUCACCAAGGAGAGGCAGAAGAAGAAUCAGGGGGCCCUGUAUCGGCAAGUUGAGGUACCUGCCGUGAACAAAAUGUGUUUGUGCCAUAGCCACCUCUCUCGGUAGGACCGGUGGAUGGACGGAGCCGGCGCAUUUGGUGGUGUGCUUGUGCUACAAAAGUUAGCAUGAGACUAGCACGAGGAAUGAUCAGUGUUCAAAGCCA